AGCAGCAAGCGGAUGCGCACUGCCUUCACCAGCACGCAGCUCCUGGAGCUGGAGAGGGAGUUCGCCUCCAACAUGUAUCUCUCCCGGCUGCGGCGAAUCGAGAUCGCCACCUACCUGAACCUCUCCGAGAAGCAGGCAUGGUUCCAGAACCGACGGGUCAAGCACAAGAAAGAAGGCAAAAGCAGCUCCCACCGGGGAGGGGGGGCCGGCCACAGCUGCAAAUGCUCGUCCCUUUCCACCACCAAGUGCUCGGAAGACGACGAGGACUUGCGCAUGUCUCCGUCUUCAUCGGGGAAGGACGACAGAGGUGCUCGCCCCGGGAAGGGUGGACCCGGCCUCCCGUUAUCCCGCCAUGGCUGGGGUCAGCGCCAGCCCUGCAACCGCCAGCAGCCCGGCUUCGCCGUCAGAGAAACGGAGCGCCCUUUUUUUAAGAGCGACUUCUCAGCGGAGAGCCCCGGUGGAGAAGCAGCCGAAAGGUCCCGCAAUCCCUAG